GGUAAUAGGAUUGUGGCUUCCCUCCCGAGCGGCCACCCAGGCCAUGGCUGUGGGGCCAGCAACUGGUGCUUAGCAACUCCGACAACCUGCGUGCCAAGGAGCCGGUGUGCAGCCCGGACCCCGUGCCCUGGCCAGUCUCAUAUGCAUGGAAUGGUGCUGUGCCCCGUGCCAGAAGGCCCCGCUCACCAUGGUGCUGAGUGCCUUCCUGGCGCGAGGGAGAGACGUGUGCAGGCGGAAUGGGCUGCUCAUCCUGUCUGUGCUGUCUGUCAUCGUGGGCUGCCUCCUUGGCUUCUUUCUGAGGACCCAGCGCCUCUCCCCACAGGAAAUUAGUUAUUUCCAGUUCCCUGGAGAGCUCUUGAUGAGGAUGUUGAAGAUGCUGAUCCUACCACUGGUGGUCUCCAGCUUGAUGUCUGGCCUUGCCUCCUUGGAUGCCAAGACCUCUAGCCGCCUGGGCAUCCUCACCGUGGCAUACUACCUAUGGACCACCUUCUUGGCCGUUAUCGUGGGCAUCAUCAUGGUCUCCAUCAUCCACCCAGGUGGUGCAGCCCAGAAGGAGAUAACUGAGCAGAGUGGGAAGCCUGUCAUGAGCUCGGCGGACGCCCUGCUGGACCUCAUCCGGAACAUGUUCCCAGCCAACCUGGUGGAAGCCACAUUCAAACAGUACCGCACCAAGACCACUCCAGUUAUCAAGUCCCCCAAGGUGGCCUCAGAGGAAGCCUCUCCUCGGAGAAUCCUCAUCUAUGGAGUCCAGGAAGAGAAUGGCUCUCGUGUGCAGAACUUCGCCCUGGACCUGACCCCGGCACCUGAGGUGGUUUACAAGUCAGAGCCAGGCACCAGCGAUGGCAUGAAUGUGCUGGGCAUCGUCAUCUUCUCUGCCACCAUGGGCAUCAUGCUGGGCCGCAUGGGUGACAGCGGGGCCCCACUGGUCAGCUUUUGCCAGUGCCUCAAUGAGUCUGUCAUGAAGAUCGUGGCUUUGGCUGUGUGGUACUUCCCCUUUGGCAUUGUGUUCCUCAUCGCUGGCAAGAUCCUGGAGAUGGAUGACCCCAAGGCUGUUAGGAAGAAGCUGGGUUUCUACGCCAUCACUGUGGUAUGCGGGCUCGUGGUCCACGGCCUCUUCAUCCUGCCCCUGCUCUACUUCCUCAUCACCAAGAAGAACCCCAUCGUCUUCAUCCGUGGUGUCCUCCAGGCCCUGCUCAUCGCACUAGCCACCUCCUCCAGCUCAGCCACACUGCCCAUCACCUUCAAGUGCCUGCUGGAGAACAACCACAUCGACCGGCGCAUUGCCCGCUUUGUGCUGCCUGUAGGCGCCACCAUCAACAUGGACGGCACUGCGCUCUACGAGGCCGUGGCUGCCAUCUUCAUUGCCCAGGUCAACAACUACGAGCUGGACUUUGGCCAGAUCAUCACCAUCAGUAUCACAGCCACUGCAGCCAGCAUCGGGGCAGCUGGCAUCCCCCAGGCUGGGCUUGUCACCAUGGUCAUCGUGCUUACCUCUGUGGGACUGCCCACCGACGACAUCAACCUCAUCAUCGCUGUGGACUGGGCUCUGGACCGAUUCCGUACCAUGAUUAACGUGCUGGGUGAUGCAUUGGCUGCAGGGAUCAUGGCCCACAUCUGCCGGAAGGACUUUGCUCGGGAUACAGGCACCGAGAAACUGCUACCCUGCGAGACCAAGCCCAUGAGCCUCCAGGAGAUUGUGGCAACCCAGCAGAAUGGCUGUGUGAAGAGUGUGGCUGAGCCCUCCGAGCUGACCUUGGGUCCUGCCUGCCCCCACCAUGUCCCUGUACAGGUGGAGCAGGAUGAGGAGCCAGCCAUCACCAGUCUGGACCAUUGCACCAUUGAGAUCAGUGAGCUUGAGACUAAUGUCUGAGCAUGCAGGGGCUGCAGGGACCAGGCAAGGCCCCUGGGGCCAGGAGCCAGGAGCAGGAUCUUAACUCAC